UGCCCCCAUCUAUCAUUCUCCUUCUUGCUCACUAGUCCUUACCUCCCUUGACAGUAUAUUUCUUUGGCCAUGGAUGAAAAAUGUCAAACACUCAUGAAAAGAAGACAAAAAGAAGAAAAUGAAGCUGCUGAAAUCGCAAAGGAUGCAAAAGACAAAAAGAACAAAGAACAGGAAACUGUGGAUAAUGGAGAAGCUGCAUCAGCUGAAGCAGCAACCACCAGUUGCCAUACUGAAGAGUUUCAGUUGGAGCCAAUGGAACUACCUCCUUUUGAAAUAAUUACAGGGGACAGGAUAGAUCCUUUUAUCUUUAAGUUCCAGUUCAAGAAUGUUGAAUACUCUUCAGGACGCAACAAGACCGUACUUUGUUACUUGGUGGAUCAAGGAAACACAUCAGAUGGACUGCUAAGAGGCUACCUGGAGGAUGAACAUGCUGGGACUCAUGCUGAGGAGGCCUUCUUCGCUCAGUGUUUGCCACAUUGCAACCCUGCAGUCAAAUAUACAGUCACCUGGUACGUGUCCUCCAGUCCCUGUUCAACUUGUGCUGCAAAGAUAGCUGAACUAUUGAAGGACCAGAAAAAUCUUAAGUUGAAUAUCUUUGCUGCUCGGCUGUUUGAGUGGGAGGAAGGAGAGAUCCAGGCUGGGCUGAGGACCCUGCAUGCUGCAGGCUGUAAACUGAGGGUGAUGAAGCCUCUAGAUUUCUCUUACACCUGGGAUACAUUUGUUGAGAAUGAGGAUCAACCUCUGAAUCUGUGGGAGGACUGCAAAGAAAAUUACGAGUAUUACCAUGAAAUACUGUCUGAUAUUCUAACACCAUAAAUUCUCAUUUUUUGCAUUUUGGCUUUAUUAGAGCUAUAAAGUUCUGCAGUGAUACUAAAUCUGUUAUCUGCUUUGGCAUUAUUUAUCUUUAAAUAAUUUCUUUACAGUUCAGUUCUGGUUCAGAGAGAUACACAGACAGAAACAGAGAUAUCUUUCAUAACAAAAGCUGAAAAUCCUAAUUAAAAAAUAAAUGUAUGUGUGGAUCUAGCCUCAGUGUCGGUAGAAAACUGGGAUUUAUCAGAUGGCCACAGUUACUAAUGUUGCUUUAAGCAGAUUAUUGUUAUUUGUUUGUUGUUGUUAUCUGAAAUUUAUUACAUUUCAAAUAACAAAGUUUCACUGCUCUGUCACCAGUUUACAGUAAGAAAUAAAAAAUAUAAGGAAAGUCAA